AUGAAGAUGAAGCAGAAGGUGACAUCCACCAUAUGGUCGCGAGUUACAGGGUUCUCGAGAAGGUUGGAAUUCCUGUUGCUGCCGAAGGUGACAGCGAAACUCCCAACUACCAACGUAGAUGUGACGGGAUGGGAGUUCCCUGAAGGUUUAAGCACAACCCUUUUGGUGAAUCUAGCCAGGAAAUGGCAAAAGUUGGCCCUUCAGUUUGACGAAAUCCACAGAGCGUUUGCGAGUGCUAGUGACGGAAAGAUGAAGAAAGGUAUCCAUUUGCCGAUUCGUGUAGCUGCGUUGGUUAUUCUUACGAGUAACAUACUACAGCAUACGGCUUCGAAAAUAGCAGAUAUUCACAAUCAAUAUCGAGAGGCUGAAUUCUGCGGUUGGAAUAUCAAUGAUUUUUCAUAUUAUUUUGCUUCACGAAAUUAUUCGUUCAUAUUUAAGCAUAUUCCAUAUAACAUUUUUAUUUUAUUAUUCUUCGAGUAUGCAGCAACUGCUCUAACAGUGGCAUGGGGAUGUCAUGAUUUGAUGAUUAUUCUAAUAAGCAUUGGUGUGACAUACUAUUACCGGUUGAUUUAUGAUAAAGUUCGUCCUUUUGAAAGCGGUAUUAUGAUUGCAAACGAGAGAUUAUGGAUGGAUAUCCGAUCUUACUAUGGGAUGCUUCAUGAGUUUGUAAACAAGAUCAAUGGCUACUUAUCAUUAAUUAUAAUUCAUUCAUGUGGAAAAAACUUGUUUCUGAUGUGUUACGAGCUGAUUAACAUUACAAGAAAAGAUGACAGUAUACUAUCGUUAAUACAUCACUGGUGUGCUCUAAUCUACCUAAUAGUUCAAACAGCUAUGGUUUUCUACAGUGCGUCAAUGAUGAAUGAGACAGCUCAGGCUCCUCUGAUAGUGUGCAAACGAAUUCCAAAUCUAGGGUGGUGCACAGAACUUGAACGGUACAUAGAACAGCUGAGGUUCAACCGAGUAGCUUUCAGCGGGAUGGGAUUUUUUCAUAUAACUAAAAAAAGUAUGCUGGCGAUGGCUGGAUCAGUAAUAACGUACGAGUUGGUAAUGUUGAAAUUCGCACAAGAUACUGAAGGGAUCGGAGAUGUAGUGCCAUGUUCAAAACUGGCAUUUUCAAAAGAUUGA